GAUCAGCUGACUCCCUGCAGAAAGAACAUGGGUGAUUAGACAGAAACCAAUGAGUAAGUUACAUGUCAAAAAUCGAGCUGUCUCGCAGCUAUCUUAGGCAGGUUCAUGUUAAUUUAGAAUAUAAGAAGAUAAAAGAACACUGAGUGCCAAAACGCUUCAGAGUGCUGUUUCCGAUACCAUGGAAAACGGACCCAGUAAUUAUAAUGGUGAGGAGAAGCAGAUCUGGGAGAGACCCUGGACGCUGGAGGAGAUGCGCAAAAACAGUGCAAACUGGUCUUUGGCUGCAGAUUCAGGGCUGUUCCUUUUUCUUCAAGACUUCUCUCAAAGGAUGCUGUCAAAAACCCAUGAGAUUGAAAAACAGCUUGAUGGACUUAUUUGUGACACGAAAGCAACAGACAGCUGCCUGCAUACAGUCUUUAAUGAUUUCCUCAUGCUCUCCAACACACAGUUCAUUGAAAAUAGGGUGUAUGAUGAAGAGAUUGAAGAACCUCCAGCAAAGCCUGACGUCCCUGAGAGACCGUCUGAGCAAGAGAAAACACGUGAACAGAAAGAGGCUGAGCUGAUCCCAAAGGUGCAGGAGGCGGUGAACUAUGGUUUGCAGGUGCUGGAAUCUGCCUUUGAACAGCUGGACAUUAAGGCUGGCAACUCAGACUCUGAGGAUGAGGAGGCCACUGAUCGUGUGGAACCCAUUCUGGAACCCAAGGAUUUGUAUGUAGACAGACCAUUGCCUUAUUUGAUUGGUUCUCAGCUUUUCAUGGAGACUGAUGAUGUGGGGCUUGGAGAUCUUUCAAGUGAAGAAAUGUCCAUAGAUAGUGAUCGGGACAGUGUGGCAGAAAGCGAGGAGGACAAGGAUAGAGAUCAGUCAGAUGAGGACUUUGACCAAGAAGAAGAUGGUCAAGGCAGCUUUAAGAAAAAGCCCUCUAUCUUAAGUUAUGAAGAGGAUGAUGAUGAUGAAGAAGAGGACUCUGACAUAUUUGGUGAAUCUGACAAGGAGGAGGAUGGUGAAGGAAAGGCUUCAGCCGGACCAUCCUCCUUUGCUGAUGAGCUUGCCGCCAGGAUCAAAGGUGAACCAACCAAUAAGCCUGAGCCAGCUCGUGCAGCGUCAUCAUCCAUCUCCUCCAUCUCUAAGAAGAAGAGUAAAGCAAGCAAAGCAGCUCGUCCACAGGUUGAGGAGGAGGAGGACGACGACGACGUGAUCUUCAAACCACCAAAAAUGGAGGAUGAUGACUACUCACCAUUUGGGGGAAGGGGUGGCCUCUUCAGUGGUGGCAAAGGCUUGUUUGAUGAUGAUGAUGAGGGAGAUCUGUUCUCUGAGGCUCCUAGGCAGGAACCAGAAGUUAGAGGCCCGAGCUCAGCACCAACCACAGAACCAGUCAAAUCUAAGAAGAUACCUUCCAGUGCAGUGCCUGAAUUUCCAGAAAAUAGCCUUUUUGGUUCUCCAAAUGACUCUGAUUCUGUUGAGAGCAAAGAGAAUGGCGACUCGUUCAAGCCUAAACCACCACCAAUGGAGAAACGAUCAACUGGAGCGGGAGGGCUCUUUGAUGAAGAUGAUGAUGAAGAUGACUUCUUCAGCGGGAAUACUCUUAAAAAGCCAAGCCUGACAGAGGCAGAGAAGCCUAAAUCAAAGAAAGCAGUGGAUCUCUUCGGGGGUGAGGACGGUGAUGAUGAUGAUGGGGACAUUUUCAGUGAGGGCUCAAGUGCUGCUCCUGCCCAGCCCAGCAGAAAAGAGCCGCCUGAAGACCAAGACAACAAGGCUCCAGCCCCAGAGAAGAAGUUGCCUGCUGGUGCCAUCUCCAUGUUUGGUCCAGGCACUAAGAGCUUGUUAGUGGAGGGGCUAAGAAAGCGCCAGCCAUCCACCAGUGAGGAGUCUGAAAAAUCCGAGAACGAGCCUCCUGUGGACAUCAAACCAAUGGUCACCAAGCCAGUGGAGAAGAAGCUUCAGAGUAGUAGAAGUCUGUUUUCUGAUGACGAGGACUCACAGAUCUUUCCGAGCAUGACCAAGAGCCAGUCCAAGCCUGAACCCAGCACUCAAGCCAGACCCAGCAAGGCCGCCUCCUCAAUAUUUGAUGACGAAGAUGAGGAUCUGUUUUCUUCAGCAACCAAGCCCACAUCCAUUCAGCCUCCAACAACAGCAAAGCAGGUGUCAAAACAAGCCUCCUCAUCCCUCUUCAGUGAUGAUGAGGAUCAGUGGAUGAGCUCUACCCCAGCUCUGGUGAAGCCAGAGGAGAAGUCUGGAGGCAUGAAGACAAGCGUUAGUGCCCCCUCCUGUUUGCCCACUGCUAAAGCAACACAGAAAAUCAGUCUAUUCAGUGAUGAUAGCGAUGACCUGUUUGCUGCCACAAAGGAGUCAAGUCAGAAAAAGCCCCAGAGAGUGUCGUUGCUGUUUGAAGACGAAACUGAGGAUGAUGAGAAGGACUCCCUCUUUGGUUUCAAACCCGCUAAUAACAACACUGUCACCAGUCCAAAAGUGGCUGCUGUUGACCCAGCGCCCCCCUCGCUGCCCGCUGGGAAAGCGCCAGAUGAGAAGGUUCCGGCAUCUGUGCUAGAGAGGGCACCUGAGGAGAAGGUGGCGGCUGCUGGACAGCUCCCGCAGUCACCGCUGUCCUUGCCCCAGGAGGCCGACGAGGUUAAGAAGAAGCCUGCUGGCGCAGUCAGUCUGUUUGGGGGAAUCGACGUGCUCGGCGAGAAGCCAGAUGCUCUCAAGCCGAGCAAGAUUUCGCUUGAGGAUGACUACGAUAGCGAUGACUUCCUGGGUAAAGAAGGCCCUCCACCACUAGUAAAGACUGGAAAGACAACAGCUUUAAGUCUAUUUGAUGAUCAUGAUGAUGAUCAGGAUGAGACCAAUGGGGCUCUGUCUGUGUCUGUGUCUAUCAAACCAGCAACCAAAAACACACUCAAGGAGCCAAGGUCAAGCAACAAGAGCACCGGAGUUUUUCAGGAUGAGGAGCUUCUGUUCAGUCAGACACAGCAGAAGGACAACGACCCAGAUGUUGACCUUUUUGCCACCUCCGUCAAAUCCCCUAGUCCCUUACCUGCAUCAGUGAAGCCAGCGGUUCCUUUGUUGUUUGGGGAUGACGACGAGGAUGACCUCUUUGCCUCUUCCAAGUCGAAAGCAGCCCCAAAGGUUGCUGAGAAGCCAGUUAAACCUCAGAAGGAAGAAUCGUCUGUCAAACCUGUCAGUGGCACAUCAUCUGAAAAUGAUCCUGCAAAGCAAGUAGAACCUAAAGGGCCUUCCUCUCGGAUUGGAAAACUUCAAGCUAACCUGGGCAUCAACCCUGCCAGCCUCCUGCCUGGAGCAGUGCCGCGGAUCCCCGGAGCUGUGGGCGUUCUGCCGGGCCUGGCGCCCUCCCCAUCCGCCGCCUCCAGUGUUUCCCCCAGGUCUCCGCUGCCAAGCCUGGCCAGCGCGCCCACACAGCCCCACACGCCCAUUGAGGCUGCCGUGAGCUUUGACAGCCCCGCACAAGUCGACACACUACAAAGUGCCAACAAGGGUCGCACCAAGGGGGCAGUCCGCCGACGCCCCCAAACCAGGGCAGCCAGGCAGCUAGCAGCCCAGCGCUCGGAGGACCGGAGGGACGACAGCCCAGAGGAGAGCUCCAGCAGCAGGGCCGCUGCCUCCUUCCUGCCCACCCCCAGCGCGUCCUCGCCUCUGCCCGCCUUCUCGCUGCCGGCAGCCACCCCUCCGGAGAAGGACUCUGCACCGGCGGUCAGGCCCAAGAGGCCCCCGGUGACGGCGGUGGCUGACGAUGGGGAUGACCUCUUUGGCUCUGGCGAGCUAUUUGCCUCCACACCUAAACUGGAACCCUCGCCCAAACCCAAACUGAAAACUCCCGCAGAGGUGCCUACCAGCGCGCCUAAGAAAGAUUCUGCUCCCUCCAUUUUUGAUGACCAAGGAGAUGAUCUCUUUGGCCUGGGGAAGCAGAAGUCUUCCAAGAAGACCACAUCAACUCCGUUCCUGGAGGAUGAGGAUGAAGAUGACCUGUUUGGAAUUGGUUCAAGCAUCGGUAAAGCUUCAGCUACUAAAGACUCAAAUGCUGCAGGCAGUUCUACAAAACAGGACAUUUUCCAGGACAAAAUUGAGACGACUCCUAAAGCUCCCAAGAAGAAAGAAAAGUCGUUGGAUGCAAGCUUGUUUGAUGACAAUGUUGAUAUUUUUGCUGACUUAACUCCAAAAGCAAAACCAAAGGAGAAAAAGUCUAAGAAGAAAGCAGAGCCCAAAUCCAUAUUUGAUGAUGAUAUGGAUGAUAUCUUCUCACCUGGCACCACUAAGCCGGCAGCAAAGCCUCCCUCCAAAGCCAAGAAGACGCAGCCUGCCUUUGACCCUAGCUCAGCAGAGGACUCCAGCUCCAGUAUGUUUGAUGACCCUCUAAAUGUCCUAGGGGGCAACUGAUUUUUUUUUUUUAAGGCCUCAAAUGUAAUGUUAUUCAGAAUUGCUUUUGUGGAGGACAAAAUAAGGGUUGAAGAGACUGAAUUAACACUGUUAGUUUAUUUAUAAUUCCAUCAAUAACAUCCUUUAAGAUAUUGGCCAGAGGGGGUAAAAGAAAUCAUUGUAAUGGUGUUUGUAGACUCAUCAGAUUAACAGGUUAUUUAAAAGUAAUUAACUGCCAUUCUGUAAAUGAUCCAUUUGUUGUAAUACACAUCAUGACUGCACUUUAAGCAUGAAUUUUACCUUAUGUAGAUAGAUUAUAUGUCAUUUAUAUAAAUGAAUCAUUGAUCUGUGAACUUACAUUUUGCUAUGAUGUUACUUUUAAAUUUAACUCUUGUAUCAGAUUGUGCCAUAAUAUUGGACUGCUAAAUCUCUUACAUUUGUGUGCACUGUCUGUAGACUUUUUCUUUUUCUUGUAAAUGUUCAUUGUUUUUUUUAAACUUCAAGCUGUUCAGAUUUGUAAUGCUGCACGUGGCAUUUGAUUUUUGAAAACUA